AUGAGUUCCAACGGUGGCAGCGAGGCUGCGGUGGAUCAGACUACGGCCCCCAUAGAUCCGCAUGUGGUCGCAGAGGAGUCCCUGAAGCUGGCAUGUGAUAGACUAGAGAAAGCUGUUUCAACCAAGCGAGAGCAGGCGGUUGCUGCUGCUGUAGACAACCUGUACAACCUGUUCAACGAUUCCAAUUCGCCAACGACUGGGGUUCCAAUUGUCCUCCGAUACAUAGAACCAUACAUCAAUUCACUGAUUGACUACUAUGAAGCAUCCAGAAAUAAGAAACUGGGAUCAAUUGCUCUGAAGCUCCUGCUGAUUUAUCGAGUGGACUCUCCCGAUUUCCUUCAGCUCUUUGGGUGCAUUUAUUAUGAAACCCACGCCACUGCAUUGGAACUUUGGUCAGUGGAAUUCUUAUGCGGUGCUGCCAACUAUUUUGCACAAUUUUAUGGUAACUACAUUUAUCUUAGGAAGGAGAAAGGCGAGGCAUUGAUCUCUGAUUUAUGUAACUGCAUCAACAAUUUCCAUAUUAACUGUCAGACAGCUUAUGAAAUCUUGCUCUCGGAUGUAGAGCGGCUUACACAGAAGAACAUGGAGUCUGAAGCAAUAGAUUGUCUUAUUGAGGCCAGGCUUUGUACCAAUGUUAAGGCUCUUACGACGAUUAUUAACAAGGGCAACAUACAUGGCCUGGCGGAAUACCUCUAUCAAUGUGCUGUUUACGGAGAUCCUGCGCAACGUAACCAAAUCAUCCUGGCGCUGGUGCAAGUUUAUCUAUCUCUUGAUAUGGUCUGUGAUGCUUUUGUGCUCCUGCUCUCUCUCUGCUUCUUCUCCUAUGCCAAAAGCAUCCUAUAUAAAACAACCCUAAUUAACCGAUUGCUUCAAAUGGCCUACCUUAUUGCUUGUAACGGCUGCUGCUGUCAUUUUUCCCGCAACGAUUUUCGAAAAGCUUUGGCAUCCAGUUCUUCUUUUGCAGAGGAUACAGAUAGCUUGGAAAAGCAAACAGAUGAGCUCUGGCUGGUUGCUUGCAAUGCAUACACACAUACACACCUCCUCUCACUUGUCAGUGAACUGGAACUAAAUGUGCCACGUAGUGUUGCAGAGAUCCUUAAGGCUGACCAGCUCUCAUUCAAGGCAAAGCAUCUCGAUAGGCUAUAUGGCCCCUUAGGAGACUAUCUAAUGAACGGGUUUGCUAAUGCGGCAAUGGGGACCGACAAGCUAUUAGCCUCUCACAAAAUUUACCGUUACAAACAACGUGAUGUUAAAGGAAAACCCAUAACAACUAACGAAGACAUUGUCGUGCCCGCUCCCACCGAGCUCGACCUUCCUUUACACUCUGACAGGGAAGACGCAAACGCGGAAGGUACUGGCUCCAACGGUUUAACGUCGGAAGGCAGCACACUCUUGGAACACUCAGUAUCCCCCAUCACUUCCAUUAUCCAGACCGUUGGAGCAGCCUCAGUGGGGCUUAUAUACUUGUAUCACGGGAAUGGUCACGGACAGGCAUUUAACGUUAUAAGUAGAUACUUCUCGUCUCCUCAUCACUGGGUACGUGCUGGUGCUGUCUUGGCUUUGGGGCUCUCUGCUGCCAACACACAAGACCCCACGGGACUGGAUCCUGCUCUCCGCAUGAUGGGUGGCGUGUUUAAUCUAUUUCAUGUCAAUCCUGCUGAAUCAUUCAGCUUCCAUGAAUAUUUUCCUUACAGCUGUAAUAUUAUCAGAAAGCAGCUUUCGGAACUUCAAUCGGGCUCACGCCCAAGCCAAUCAUCAAGAGGUAUAAACAGCAACCCUCAGACUAUUUCAGAAGAAGGCCGUGAGGAGGAGUCUGUUUUUGCCAAUGUCCAAUAUAUGGUAUCCCAAAGGGUCUCAGCCUCCCACUCUAGAGAGAGCGACACUCGAACAAGGCAGCAGUACAUGGAAGACUUAAAGCGUAUCAUAAACAAUCCACACAUAGAGAAAGCGUAUAGCAUUAUUCCUCAUACCAAUUUCCCGUCACCUGCUAUUAGUAUCGAUAUAAAGGACGAGCAUGAGUACCUGUACAUGUCUCAGGCCAGUGCUGCACUUGGAAUAGGUGUAGCAUACGCGGGAACUAGCAAUAAGCUGGCAAUAGAGAUACUAUAUCAACGCCUCUCUUUGUCCUCGACCAACGUAUGUAAGCAUGUGCCUAUACUUGAGAAGAAUCCUCGAUCCACAGGCUGCCUGGCUCUUGGGCUUGUACUAGCAAGUACAGCAAAUAUGGAUGCUGCAAACUUUAUACUGCGGGUUAUGGCAGGAAACACUAGGAAUCAGCGAUCCUUACGGUUUUUCCCGCUGAAGCCAGUUGGGUUGGGAUGCAUCUUUAUGCGUGCAGGGCGCACAGAGGAAGGUCAGCGAAGAAUGAAAGACUUCUGUGAUAACAUGUAUGACAAGCUACUCCAAAUAGAUACACCAGACAGUAAGCAAGAGCACGGCCCAAUGCCCAGUCCAGAGGAGCACCUGUAUCUGGCAGCAUACGUUCAGUCCGUAAUCACCGUCUGUGGAUAUGCCUUUACAGGAAAUAUAUCUAUCAUUUCAGAAAUAAUGCAGAGCAUUUAUGAGACAAUCUCCGGAAGAGUUGCAGCGGAGGAGACCAUUAACUUGAACAAGCUUGGUUCAGCAACUAAGCCGGGGUCCCGCUCUAGCUCUAGACCUGUGGAUUCUCCAGACGACACUUCCUCAAACACGUCUAGAUCACAGGGCAGAACUAUUGCUCGUCUGCCUCGUUCAAGAUCUGAAAGGAGUCAGAGUCGUUACAACGCAGACGAUCAAACACGAGCAAACAAUAUGGCGGCUUACACUGCAGAUAGUGGUAUGCCUCUGCAACUACCUCGUGAUAACACUACUCUCUGGCCGGGCGAGAAUUUGGAUCCAGUUGGCAUAUUAGUCGCGGGCCUUGGGCUUGUUGCAGGUAAUGACCCCGUUUGCUCAAUGAUGGUCACGCGCUUUAUCAACAGGAUUAUGCAAUAUGGUAGUAGCUAUGCCAAACGUGCAUGUCCAUUGGCCCUUGCCGUUAUGAAUCUGUCAAGACCGGCUCCAGAGCUCACAGACAUGCUGUUUCGAAUGGCCUCACAAAGUGACGAGAGCCUCAGUAUUAACGCAAUUAUAGCUCUCGGGUUGAUAGGUUGCGGAUCGUGCAACUCAAGGAUAGCACAGAGUCUGAGACAGCUGGCAGACUCAAAGUAUUUAUCCAUGCCUCACACAGACUAUGGCAGAGAGUUGACGAAUAUGAUAAUAUUAGCAAUCAAGCUUUCCUUAGGACUAGUGCAUUGUGGACGGGGUCUCAUGCAUAUCAGUGUGACCCAUCAUCAUGGAAAAGCCAUUAGCAACUCCAGGCUUUCGUGCAUAGCAGCUUUAAUUCUGCUUUUAGCAUCUAAUUCACGGGUGAUGGUGAGACCGAAGUUUAUUAACUACUUCUUUCUCAUAGCAGGGGCUCUUCGUCCCAAGUACUUGGUUACAGUUGACGCUGCAAACAAGGAACAAUCCAAUCCUCUUAAAACGGGGUCCUACAUAGACACAGUGAGCCUUCCCGAGCCAUUCAGACUCACUGGCUAUCAAACAAACACAACGCCAAUAAUCCUUAGCCACGCGGAGCGUGCAGUCCAAAGUGAUGAGAAUAUUGUUCCUAUGCUUAGCAUACUUGAAGAUGUUGUUGUGACCACGCGUACCAUUUCAGUAGAUAUGACAAUAGACUGA